UGUUUUUUCCAAAUACAAGGCAUAUUUUUACCAAUUUAUAAGAAAAACUCAUAAAAUAUCAAUUGUGGGAAGUGGUCCAUCGGCUUUCUAUACAACACAAUAUAUACUUAAAAAUGUAACUAAAAUAAAUAUUGAUAUGUAUGAAAAAUUACCUUUUCCAUAUGGUUUAGUUCGAUAUGGGGUUGCUCCCGAUCAUCAAUCUGCGAAGAAUGUUAUCAAUAAAUUUGAUAAAUUAAUGAAAGAUGAUAGAUUUUCUUUUUUCGGGAAUAUCUCCAUUGGAACAGAUAUACAUAUUAAAGAGUUACAAGAAGCAUAUGAUGCUGUUAUUUUAUGUUACGGUUCUUUUAAUAAGCAACAUCUUAACAUUCCCGGUGAAAAAUUGAAAGGUGUUCACUCUGCCCAGGAAUUUGUUGGUUGGUAUAAUGGUCAUCCUGACCAUUCUAAAUUCAAAACUGAUUUAUCAUGUGAAACAGCUGUCAUAAUUGGGAAUGGUAAUGUUAGUUUAGAUAUUGCUCGCAUAUUAUUAUCUCCAAUUCAAUCUCUCAAAAGUACGGAUAUAUCAGAAAUGGCUAUUAACGUUCUCGCUAAACAUAGACCGCGUCAUAUUUACGUUUUGGGAAGGAGGGGCCCCCUCGAUGCAUCAUUUACGAUUCAAGAAUUUAGGAAAAUUACGCAUAUCCCACAUUGCAAAUUAUUGCUGGAUCCUUUAGAUUUCGACCACAUUUUAUCGGAAAAAUUUGACGAUAAAAAUAUAACAAGGCCAAAAUUACGAAUUAAGGAGUUGUUAAUACAACAAUUAAAGGAGUGCGUCAAAGAAGAUUACAUGCCUAAAAACGAUGCCACUCAAAAAGUUCUGGAAUUUAAGUUCUAUCUUAAGCCCGUGCUUAUAUACCCCAAAUCAGAAUCUCCUUGCGAUAAUUCGGAACCAAUCGUAGGCGGUAUCAAGUUAGCGCCAAACAGAAAAUCGAUAAUUGGCGAAUCCAAUUGUCCCUCCAGUGAAAUUGACAUAAAAUGUGGAAUGAUUAUCAAAUCUAUAGGUUUUAGAGGAAAGGAUAUCGAUGAUACGUUAAAACUUGUUGAUCCAAACGUAGGCACAAUACCUAACAUACGUGGAAAAAUCAAUAAUCAUCCCGGAUUAUAUUGUAGUGGUUGGAUUAAAUGCGGUUCCAUAGGGGAUAUCUCGUCCACAAUGUAUGACGCUUUUGACACUGGCGAAACUGUCAUCAACGAUAUACGGAAAAAUCCAAUUUCCAACAAGCUAGGCAGCGAUUCAAUAAUACCCCAUUUAGACGCGAAAAAUAUCAAGUACUAUACAUCUAAAGAUUGGACUAAAUUUGAUCAAAUGGAAAAGUCAAUAGGUCUAUCAAAAAACAAAUUAAGAGAAAAAUUGAUCAACAUUAAUGAAUAUGAAAAAUGAUAUGAAUGUGCUGUCUAUAGAAUUAUAAAAUACAUUUAUUAUAUUUAUAUAAGUAAUAUGUACAAAUAAAAAUACCCUUCAAUAGAUUGGAUAUUAUAAAUAAUCAAAGAUAUAAAAUAUAAUGUAAUAACAAGUGUAAUGUACAUAAAAUAGCUAAGAAAAAUUAUUCUAAGAUUUAUACCAAUAACUAUUAAAAAAUACAAUAUUUAUUAGCAAAAUAAUUUUUUAGUAUCUUCUUCCCCCAUCACCUCCUCUUCUAUUUACUCUUCUAUCAUAGUAGGAAGGUCUAUCUUCAUACCUUCUCUUCAGACUACCUGAAUCUCCUCCGAUAGUUGAAUUAUAGCCUCUAUUUGGAGUUCCAGGGUUAAAGCCUGAAAGUAAAUUUUGCUGUGU